UGUGAUCAGAAGUGUGAUCAGUCUGUGGUUUAGCAGUGUUACUCAAUCAGGCAUUUACUCCAAAUGUCAAUAAUAAAUCAGCCCUGCAUGCCUGCGUCCGCACCACAAGCGGCCCUGCAUGUGCUGACGAAGUCGGGCUGAAACCUCACAAAUGACUUUUGCGAAGUUAUUUUACAGGGAUCUGAGUCAGAAUACAGGUAGGACUUUGUUAGGAGAUGAAUGUAAAAAUUACAGACAUGGCUCACAGGAUACAGCUCCUGAGGUUUUCCUGUAUUGAAGGCAAACAAAAUUUGUGUGUGAGCUUUCUCCACAGACUGUAUGGCAUCGUGAACUCAGCCCACACGGAACUCACUCCUGCCCUGGUGGAGGAAGAGCUGGUCCGGGCCUGCGCUGAUGCCCAGGGGAAGGAGGCAAGGCUGUGUUACUACCUCGGAGCCAGCAGUGAUGCAGCAACACGCGUCACAGCAUCAGUGGCUCGACCUCUGGCCUCCCAUGUCCCCGUUGAGAAGAUCUGUCAGCGCCUCAGUAGCACAGACACGCAGAUCUGCGAGCUUAGAUACGAGCCUCAGCUGAGGGAUCUGAGCAGCGACGGGCUCAAAAAGCUGAGAGUUUUGGAGCUGAGGAACAUUCUAGCCUCGUGGGGAGAAGAGUGUCGAGGCUGCCUGGAGAAACACGAGUUUGUCAGCCUCAUCCAGGAGAAAGCACCGCUGCACACUCACAACAUGGAACUGUGAAUAGUAAUUAGCGUCUCCUCCACCCACCCUUCCAACAUUGCUGCCAACUGAGACAGGAAGAUGACAAACGCUCCUCUUAUGAUGACGCCAACACGGCUCUUUAUAUUGAUGCAGUUCUCUGGCAGGAACCAAUCAGCUGUUUAUAGAAGCAUAUCCUUCUUAUGAUGAAUGUAGUCAAUAGUGUCAUGUUUGAAUGUAAUGUUUGAAGUGUCCCAGUGUAAGAAAAUGAACAGAGAAUCCACAACACAUGUGUGUAAUCUUCAAUUUCCUGUUUCACUUACUAGUUUUAGUUAGUUUUUAGUUUUACUUUUGUUGUUGUUGUUGUUGUUGAGCUUUCGUAUCUCACCACAUCACUUAAUCAGCAGUUGUCACUAUUGUUCCCUCUUGAGAACUGAACUGCGGUCACAUGAUAACAUGUGGUUGUAUGUGGGUGUGACGCUGUAAUUGCAUCCUGUGCUGUAUUUUCUUUUAUUGAGACACUUCUUCUUGUACUUGACUCACUAAUUUCAGUUUCAAAAUUUGAUUUAAAAGAAACGCUGUUGGCCCCAAAGAAAUGUUUUCAAAUGUGUUGUCAGUACUAGUUAGAGCAAACAGCUGACUCUGACAUGCUCAUUUUAAUUUUCUCAGACUAUGAUUUCAUCAGUGUGUUGGUCACAACACGCAAUUCGAGAUACAAACUUCCUGUUGGGCUUGAUCUCUCACUCAUGAUAACAUGGGGUCAUUACUUGCAGCAUAAUUCACUAUCGGUGUCCCCUCAAGUCAUCAGAUCAGUUUCUGCUCACAUCUGCACACAUCACUCAGGAUGUAAUCCAUCACUACUGUUGUCUAAUUGUACAAGAAUGUGGAAACACUGCAGAUCACAAUAACACCAGUUACCAGCGCAACAGCACAGAUAAAAUUAAGAUGAAUUAAGAUGAAUAAUUCUAUUGC